AUGGGCGCGCAGAGAGCGUUCAUCGAAGCCGUCGCGAGCGGCGACGCAACCGUCGUGGCCAACCUGCUCCGGGACGGCGCCGACGCCAACGCCCUUGACGACCAUCCGAUGCUGGCCGUCGCGGCGCUGCAUGGCCACACGUCCGUGGUCGCGGCGCUCCUCGAGGCCAAGGCGGACGUGGACGCAAUGACACCGGUACUUCAACACUAG